UGGAAAUCAAUAUCGCCAUUCUCUUUAUGGUUUAUUCUCUGCCUUGCGUUCUGGAAGGCAAAUCAACUGAAAGCCAGGAAACGGGACGAUAUCGUAGGCCGCGUCAUCGCAGGCGAUCAUGUUGCGCGGGAAGAUCUACGCCAGGAUAGGAUAGAUUUCAGAGCAGCGCCGUAGGGGUGCGUAUGCUUAACGCUUUUGCGCAGUCGCGCAGCAGCGUACCUGUGCAGAUUGAGGCUGGUAUCGUGCAUCCCGAGGCGACGAAUGCGCCCGGCAUGAGGGUGUGCGCAGCGGUCUCGUUGUAAAAUCCAGCACGUCAUGCGAAUGCAGUUGGUAUUAAGUGGCCCACAUCGCGUCGAUAUGGGCAGAUAACAUCGCAUUUACCCGCCCCGCCCACCUCUUCUACUUAGUACUGACUAUGAGCUGCCCAGACUGUUUCAAGGGGUCGAUUCUCGAGGGCGAGCCCACCGGGACCGUACAGGAGCAUCUCCACGGAGCGUACUUCGCCCCUGCUGGGGACACGCGUGGUGCGAAUAAGCGGGCCAUCGUUUUGCUGACGGACAUAUUCGGCCUCCCGCUGAAGAACUGCAAGAUUCUCGCGGACGAGUUUGCCAAACGGCUCGGCUGCGAUGUCUGGGUGCCCGAUAUUUUUGCCGGCAAGCCGUUUCUGACCCCGGACGAUAUGAAGCACUUCCCGAGGAAGGCGGGCCAGACGCUGUCUGUGCUGAACACAGCCCGGUUUCUGAUCAAGGCGCUCAGCGUGCUGCCCUCGUUUGUUCGCCAUCGAGCAUCGGUCGUGGAUGGGAGAGUAGUGGCGUUUAUGAAUGCUCUGCAGGCUGAGCGGCAGUAUGAUAAAAUCGGAGUGAUUGGCUACUGCUUUGGCGGGGGCAUGACUGUGCGCCUGGGAGCUUCAAGCCUUUUCGACUCGAUCGUAGUCGCGCAUCCCUCUCCCCCCAAGGACGCGGAUGUCCUCGCUAUCAAGGCGCCCACAGCCUGGUUGCUUGCUGAAGAGGAUUUCAGCCUGUCUCGUAAACGAGUCUCCGAGAUCGAGGCUCUUUAUGCGGAUCGGGCAACCGCAGAGCAUGAGUUUAUCUCAUAUCCCGGAACUGCUCAUGGGUUCGCGGCGCGCCCGGACUUUGAGUAUCCCGACGUCAAGGCGGGCUUCGAGAAAGCGCUGAACGACUCGGUGGCGUGGUUCGAGAAAACCUUGCCUGUGUGAACGGCGUGGAUCUCAGCAGUGCAGAAUGACUGGCUCGUGUGAAUCAAACACCGAUUUGGACUACGCCAGCCAUUUAUACUGCGGACGAAUCAAUUGAUCUCUGUUGUAGGAACCUGUACACAGUCUUGAAGUUGAACUUGAUUCUAUGUAUAUGC